UACAAACGAAGUUUUGUCGAUAAAAUAAGUACAUGGAGAUAGAUAUUCAAACGGAUCGAGUUUUUAGUCUCAUUAUUAUUAUAUCAAAAUGUUUCUCCUUUACAUGUUUGAGACUAAGUGUCAGUGACAGUGACUACAAGCGAUUACAAGUUUUAUUGUAAACAUGGAAGAUAGAAGCCUGAUUCCAGAUUCCAGUUUGCUUGAAGUGAUUUAUGAUGAUGAAUUCCAAAACUGGGCGAAAUGUGUUUUGGCACAAAAUGAAACAAAGAAGGCUUUAUGUGAAGUUGUUGAAAUAAAAUGGAAAAACUACAUGUCGGAAAUGCCAGAGGAAGAAAGAAACCAAAUCGAAACGUUUGUGCAGUGUCUGAAAAUUGAUGAAAUACAUAAUUUGAAGACAGAGCAUAAAUUAUCGUGUACUCAUGAAGUGUGUGCAACAUUAUCACAAAGGUUGUCAAAUCUUCGUCAUAUCAAACAAGACAUAGAUGCAGAAGAAAUGACUCAUAUACCGUCGUCCGAUGCUUGUUUCAAAUACUUCUGGGACAUUGCGAAGUUGUAUUUGUCUACUGAAGACGACGAAGAUAAAGCCGGUCUGAAGGGACUAGAUAUAUCUUACUUGUCAAGAAUGAUGAGAAAUUGCCAACUGUUUGCCUUUGAAGGCUGUUUGCAAAGCUACGACAAUGUUUGCCAAGACAGAGAAGAACUCUUCCAUUCAACUGAAAAUCAAAUUCCAGAAAUGAGAAUGACCAUCGUGUUAGAAAAUAUGGUGAAUUUGCUUUCAAAAUUCGAUGAUUCGAGAUUUUCUAUAUGUAAAGACAUUGUGGGUGAUAUUCAACAGCUGAAAGAAAAACACUUACAAGACGAAUAUCAUUCAUUCGAGUACAAACUGCUGGUGAGGAAGUGUCUUGAGGACAAAGUUGCUGCUUUGAAACUAGACUUGUCUUUAGAAGAGAACCAAUCAAUGCAAGACCUUCUGCAAGAAACAGAGAACUUAUUGCUCAAAGUCAAUGAAAGUGUAACAGAAGAAGACUCUGAUGAAAUUACGGAACUGCAGGCAGAAGUUGACAGACUGAAGGAGACAAUAAAGGAUAUCGAACAUGACCGAGAUGAACGUAUAUCGGAAGUAAACAAACUGAAAGAGAAAAUAAAAUAUCUCGAAACUGAACGAGGUGUUUUACAAUCCAGUCGUAAUCAAAUGGAGCAACAAUGCAAGCAGUUUAAGCCAUUGGUUGAUGGUGAUAUUACCAUUAAAGAUUUGCAGUUUAUCGCCAGCAUUGUAACAUCAGGAGAGGAAUUUCUACUUUCAUUGGAACUUUUACCAUUAGCCUUAAAAGAGACGGCAGUUGGUGAACAUGUAUUUGAGAAAAAGCUGAAAGAUGAGGAAGUGCUCUUAGAUCCUUUUGAAAUAACUAGUGCUCAAGACAAACUGAUAAGCUGUCUUCAAGAUGCUUACAAAAAAGUCGUUUCAAGUCACCAAUAUACUGCACAACAGAUUCGACAUUUGAUCAACUUAGCAUGUGAACAUCAAAAGAGGAUGGUAGAUUGUUUUAGUGAAUGCCAGCAAUUCCAGGAAAUGAAGCUGAUCAUUCGAAUGACCAAAGUUGCUGUAAAGCUUAAGAAGUCUGGAGUAUCGUCACUGUUGCCAAGAUAUUUGAAAAAUCUGAUGGGAAAAUAUGUUUAUCAUAUGAGAGUACUAAAUUAUCGUUAUAAUGAGCUGAAAAAUGAGAUACAGCAAGUAGAAGGCACACUAAGAACGGAAGUUGCUUGUCUAAAAGAAGCAAAAAAUGGUCUGAUUGAAUGUGCUAAUACAAUAGUAAAGAUACUGCGUUUGAGUGACGAAACAUGUGCUCGGCUAGGCAAAGUACUUGAAGCAGAAACUGUAGAGAUGUAUUUCGAAUAUUUUGUGAAAGACCCGGACAUUCAUGUGGAUUUACUUGAAAGUAUUUCUACAAUCGAAUAUAAAGUGACGAUAUUGGAAAGAUAUUGCGAAAUGUACUUUGAAAAUGCUUCGCAACCUAAAGAAGAAAGAUAUAAGUUACAAUGAAGCUGGAGUAGAAAAGAAAAGGUGGUUCAAAGACUUAGUUAAACAGUGUUUUAUUUUGGUAGACCUAAUGCAUUUAUUUGUUUCACCAGUUAUUUAAAAGUUUGUUGUUAACACUUUUUGUCAAAUCUAGAAUAAUAUCUGGUCAGAAUGAUUUCCCAAAUAAAACUUAGGACAAAUUCAAAGUGGUUACAUGAGAUCAAAAAUAAAACCACUAUGUCAAAUCACAGAAAAACUUUGCAAACUCACUGGAGGCUGCAUUUUCUAAUUGAUCAUCAUAAAUGUUUGUAAAAAUGUUUAAAAUCUGGGCCAAGUUCAAACCUGGAUUACCUAAGGUUUUAAGCUAGGUUUUGAUAUCAAAUAACAUGGAAAAAUGUGCAUUUUCUACUCCAUCAAUCUUUGUCAAAUAUAUGUAUCUAUAAAACGUACGUAUUCAAAAUCUUAUACGACGUUACUUCAUUAUUGUAUAGAAAAGCUUUAUUAAUAAUCUAGAGGACAACAUUUCUGCUAUCUCUUCAUUAAGCAUUGUCGAAAUGUUUGUCUCUUUAAAAUCUAGGGUUAGUUUAAAUGUUGGUUUCCUGAGGUGAAAAACUAGGUCACAAGUUCAGAUCAUAGAAAAAUCUAAAUGCCAACUUUUUAAUAUUAUCAUUAUAAUUCUUGUCAGACUUCUAUCUAUAUCUAAAAGCUAGGUCCAGUUUAAAACUAGGUUACCUGCGAUUCUUAACUAGGUCAGCGAAUCAAACAAUGCAAGAAAAAUCUUGUUGACAUACUAGAGACCACAUUAUUUAUUUGAUCGUGAUAUAUUGCUGUCAGAUUGUUUGUCGUUGGGUUUAAACUGGUAUUAUACCACUGGUAGAGGUAUCAGUGCAUAUCACAUGUCUACGUCAUGGUAUUCUGAUAAAACAGUACUAUAUAGUUUGGCACUGCGCUCCCUACUUCAAGUAGAAAUUUGUCCAAAUCAAAACAUUGUCGCUAAGGAAAAUUAUAGAAAGACCUUUGUCACACGCCCGACUUUUUAUCUGACUUUUAUAAAACUAGUCAGAUGUUUUGUCGCUAUGAAAUCAAGGUAAAGUUCAAAACUGGUAAUCUAAAAUAUUAUUAAGCCCGACCGUUUAGCUCAGUCGGUAAGGGCGUUGGUCUACGGAUCGCGGGGUCGUGAGUUCGAUCCUCGGGCUGGGCGUAUGUUCUCUGUGACUAUUUGAUAAACGACAGUGUCUGAAAUCAUUAGUCCUCCACUUCUGAUUCAUGUGGGGACGUUGGCAGUUACUUGCGAAUAACAGGUUUGUACUGGUACAGAAUCCAAGAACACUGGAUAGGUUAACUGCCACCCGUUACAUGACUGAAAUACUGUUGAAAAACGGCGUUAAACCCAAAACAAACAAACAAACAAACUAAAAUAUUAUUAACUAUGUGGAGGCUACAUUCUUUUACUUAAUCAUCAUAAUUUUGUCAGAAAGUUUGUCGGCAUGUUUAAACUUGGCUACGAAAGCAGGUCACAUAGUUUAUUCAUAGGAAAAUCUUUUUCAUAUAUAAUUUAAGAACUAGAGAAUAUCUGAACUGUCAGAAUGUUUGACUCCAUAAACAUCUAUAUCAAGAUUAAGACUGGGUUACAUUAAGUUACAUUAGGUUAAACUGUAGGUCAGUCUGUCCAAUAAUAGAAAGUAUGUAACCACCCUAGAUGUCACAUGUUGUAUCUGACGCCCAUGAAACGUUGUUAAGACUGUUUGUCUGUGAAUUAUAAGCCGAGACUGAAACUGAAAUCAGAAGUCUAAAUCUAGUUCAGUACAUCAAAUUGUAGAAAUCUCUUGUCAACACUAAACACGUCACGUUUUUUUACCUGGUCUACAUGACUUCGUCCGAACGUUUGUCUGUUUAAAAUCCAAAAUAUAUUUGUAAGUGACCCACUUAGGAAAAACACUAUGUCACUAGGACAAAUCCUUGAUAAACUUGAUAAAUGAUCUAGGGAAAACAAGGUAAUAAUGUUUGCUUUCAUAAAGUCUAUAUCAUAUAAGAUAGUAAGUUUUUGGGUUAAAACCUAGGCGAGGUGAGCGGUAUAGGUUCAUCAAGGCCGUCUUGGUGUUUCUAAGUUUUGUGACUUUCUAGAUUUUAUUUACUGGCAAUGAAAAAAAUGUAAAAUACGUGUUCUGUGCUGUUCUUAAAUUUAAAGAAAAUGAUGAAAGAUUGCAUAACAUAAUGAGGGCAUCCCUCUCUUAGUUUAUCUACAUUAAAUCGCAUGAACUGUAGGUGUGUGAUUGUUGUAGCAAUUCUUUUUAUUCUUUCAUCAAGAACAUACUAAUACAUUGCUUAACCAUAUGUUAUACAUUUUUACAUAAAAACAAAUAAUUAUUUUUGGAAUGAUGAAUUCUAAAUCUGAAAACAUCUUCUUUGUGAAUAAGAAGUAGUUGAUAACUGUUGUGUGACUUAUUCCUUUAAUCUUUCUUUCCUUAAACGGAAAUUAACUUCUACAUGGCAAAAGCUUGUACUUGUAGAUUUUGUCUUACGUAUGAAUUUACGUACCCUAUUGUUUGUUUGUGAUUUAAUUAGUAUAUUGAAACAUGCUCUGAACGCUAUUCAAAGGAUAAGACCUUGAGACACAAAACUUUGCAGAAAUAUUAAUCAAUAUUUAAAGUUGUGCAACUCCUUGGGUUACGGGCAGUUACUGUCACUGACAGUACAUGUUACAGGAGACCAUUGCUAUAAAAAAGAAUAUGUCUUCCCAAUAAAUCUAGUUUGGAUUGUUAUAUGAGCCUUGCCAUGAGAAAACCAACAUAGUGCCUUUGCGAUCAGCAUGGAUCCAGACCAGACUGCACAUCCGCGCAGUCUGGUCAGGAUCCAUGCUGUUGGCUUUCAAAGCUUAUAGCAAUUAGAGAAACUGUUAGCGAACCGCAUGGAUCCUGACUAGACUGCGCGGAUGCAAAGCCAUCAUGUUGGUUUUCUCAUGACGUGGCUCAAAUAUUUUUUCAACUACGUGCUGGUGAGCCAGAAAACAUUUCAACUUAUUUUAUAUGAAAAUGCUGCUUUAAGGGCAUAAGUAAACGGCUAAGAUAACCCUAGCCGGAAUGCCACAUAGUAUGGUCUGUAGGUAACCUGUGAAAUGAUGGAAUGAUUUGAAAUAAUCAUGUCUUUAAAUGAUCCAGACAUGUUUGUUUAUUUGUUGUUGUUGUUUUCUUUUUUGUUGUUGUUUUUUUCAAGAAAACUCAUUUAAAACAGUUCUAUUUUUGCACAAAUGUCUUGCCAUCCUGUCAUCACCGUUUCUUUCUAAGGCAACUGGACCGUGCCCUUAGAAUGGACCAGUAUUAACCAAAGAUUCAUUAUGAAUUUUACAAAGAUUGAUUUCUUCUUUGUGUAUUUGUUUGUUUGUUACUUCUAUAUUAUCGUUUUUGUAAAUGAGUUCAUUGUGCUCAGCCACUGCAUACAGUUUCACAGUGCUUAUUUCAGUGUGGCGUUACUGUUACAGUUUUCCAUUGAUUUUCAUGUUAAUAGAUGUAAUGAUAGAUUUAAUAAAGAUGUACACUUUUAAACAGAAUUUUGCUAGAGUGAGG